UUGAAAAAUAUAAAAAGUAAAUUCUCUAGUAUUUUAACAACAAUCUCCAUUUAUUACGAUAUUGUAAAUCAGUGGAUUAAAAUUUUACUGCGUAUAAGUAAUUAUCAAAGUAGAUAAAGUGUUAAAACUCAUUAAACUUCAGAUGACGAAGAUAUUGUCGAUAUUACUCAUUUUGUGCUACACUUAAAAUUUAUCAACGAAUUUUACAAAUUAUUAAUCACUUAUAAAUGGUUGAAAAUAUUUUUAAAAUAUUUGACUAAUAGUUUUUUUUAUAAAUACCUCCAAAUUUACAGAAAUCAAAGAAUUGUCUUUACGAAAAAUAUUAAAAUAACACUUUAUGGAUGGAUAAUGACAUAACCUAUAAAUCAAUAUUGAAUGGUAUUCAACAAUUUAAUAAAUUGUUUGAAGAUAUGGCAUGUGAGGCUUGUGCAACUAAAUUUACACUAUUCAAAAGAAAAAAACAAUGCAAGGAUUGUUUGAGAUUCUAUUGCACAGAUUGUGUAAUAAGAAGAGGAGACAGAGUUUUAAGUUGUGAUAAUUGUAGUAUGUUAUCUAGGAGACCACUCAUCAGAUCUCAGGUACUUGCGAUGAAAUCUAAAGAUCUAAAACAGUAUCUUGUAGCUAAAAAAGUUUCACUCAGAGGAUGUGUCGAAAAAGAAGAUUUAGUUAAUAUUUUAAUGCAAUAUGCCAAUGGAGAUCGUCCAAUUCACAACGAAAGAACAGAAAAUAUUCCCGAAUCAGUAAGACGUCAAGAAAGACGAACUAGUCCGCCUCGUUCUCCACCGAGGCGAUCACGAAGCCCUCCAGUAACUGUUAGACAAACUGUUGAAAGUCCACAAUCAGAAAGAGCACCAUCUCCUCCACAAAGAUUGCAUAAUAUAGAUAUAGAAGAAGUUACUUCCGAAGAAGAAACUUCUCCAACUGAAGGUCCGGAACCUUUGGUUACGGAAAACGAAGAAGAACAUAACAGAGCUCAGGAAAAUAUUAAUGAUUCUAAUGAUAAUCAAAGUAAUAGUAGCAGUGAAGGUAGUGAGAGCAAUCAAGGCAAUGAUAGAAAAUCGAGCACUGCAUUGAAGGAACUUCCUACACCUACGUGGACUGGCAAUGUAAAAUUAGCAGAUAUAGUAGAACGGUCAGAUUUGGAGUAUCUGAAUAUUAAACAGCUGAAAGAUCUUCUCAGAUCAAAUCGAGUAGAUUUUCGAGGCUGUGUUGAACGAUCUGAACUUCUUGAUAAAGCGUCUAGGCUUUGGGAUGCUAAUAAACGAUCUAGAGAAGAUUUAAAUUCUGAAAAUCUUUACGAAGAAAGUCUUUGUAAAAUAUGUUGGGAUGCACCAAUAGAAUGUGUAAUCCUUGAAUGUGGACAUAUGGCAUGCUGUAUAAAUUGUGGCAAGCAAAUGAAUGAAUGUCCAAUUUGUCGUCAAUAUGUUGUCAGAGUUGUGAGAUUUUUUAAAGCUUAAGUCAUGAAAAAACAAAUGAAGACAAAGAGUGAAUUUACAGACUGGAUAUACAUUUAAACUUAAUAUUUAAUGAAUAUGUGUAUAAUAAUUGUGCAAAAGUCUCGCUAUACUUUUAGUAAGAUUAUUUUUGGAAAAAGGGUCAUUGAAAAAUAAAAUAAUUAAGAUAAAAGAAUCCAGAUUUUAAAAAAAGGGUUUAAAAAUUUAAAUAUAAAAUGAGUUUUAACAUAUCAAAGAUGUUUUGGCCUUUAUAUUCAGUUAUUAAUAAAAUAUAAACUUUAUUUAUGAUAUUUAUAAUUUUAAUUAAUAUAAGAAAC